AUGUCCUUCUUCGUCCUUCUCGUCGUUGGUGUCCUCACCAAUUCGGCUUCUUUGAAGUCAGUGUUCAACAUGACGACUCUGGCGGCCAUCAAGCCCAUCCUCUCUGCCAUGCUCCUCGUUGGUGUCUUCGCCAAUCAGGCUUUUGCGAGAUUGACGUUCAACAUGACGACUCCGGCGGCCAUCAAGCCCAUCCUCUCUGCCAUGCUCCUCGUUGGUGUCUUCGCCGAUCAAGCUUCUGCGAGAUUGGCCUUCAACAUGACGACCCCGGCGACCAUCACGCCCUUCCUUGUGCCUGCUUCCACAACUGUUACCACGACCGAGGCAUUCUUCAUUCCGGGCAACACUUCUACCACCGUUACGACCGUUACGACCGCCCCCUCGAUGACGUCUGCGCCUGUCCCUUCGAUGACGUCUGCGCCUGUCCCUCCGAUGACCACUGCGCCUGUCCCUUCGAUGGCCACUGCGCCUGUCCCUUCGAUGACCACCGAACCUUACACCACCCCGGGACAGUUCCCGUUCGACGGCACUCCCUACGGCAUCGGUGACGUUAUGACCGGUCCCCCCAAUGACUACGAAUUCCACCCUUGGGUCACGGGGUUUGCGCCUUUUGAUUGGUUCAACAAUGUGUUUGGACUCGGUUGGUAUGAAAGACGUGAAUGUGGAUGCUCUGAAUUGGACUGUCUUCAAGUCUGUGCAUCGGUCUGGGUUCGAGCGCAAGAAAUGCGCGAUGCUCUAUUCUCUGGAGCGAGGAAGGUUGAAUCAGGUUCUGCCUGGUGGGCCAUGGUUGUGGCCUGCAUGACAGGUUUUUUGAUCAUGUGGCUCUAG